AUCGGACCCUGCCUUUACAUCCGUCACUGUUACCACUAACCCGGCGGGCGACUUCUUUUCAGGACACAUUGGACACACCGUGUACCUAACAUGUGCCUCGAGAGACUGUCCACUGGCCAUCUAACUCCUCCUCAAUAACACAUCGUCAUGGUGACCGGUUGAGUCGAUCGACCCGAACGGCACCUGUUUAGGUUUAGGAUGUCCACCCAAGGCUGUCCACCACUUGCCAGCCUUCCUCCUCUUCCCGAUGAAGCCUCUGUCCCCUUCUCGUCUUUGUUCGACAACUUCGAUCUAGCCACGGUCGAUUCAACAGUUCAGUUUGCCAAUCAAGGCAUCUUCAUCGCCUCGGAUGGUCGUCGGUACCUCUUCCAGAGCAUACCUGAUUCGGAUACGCCAGCCGCUUCUCCGACCAAGUCGACUGCUCCGAGUAGCAUACAGUCGGUUACGAGCCCACAGUCGCCGCAUGAGUUACACGGCCACAACAAUGCCUCUUCUAUGGGACGACAGAUGUCGAACGCGAGUUCGCGAUCACAGGCUUCCAGUUUCCGGACAGCGCACAGUGAGCGCUAUAACGUAUCCCCUGCCGCCUUGGAUGUGGUAGUCGGAUCUCCGCCCGCUAUUACUCAGGACGUGACCAACAUGAUGUCCCACCUCACCAUCAACAAUCACUUCAACGGUGCGGCGCCAUACUUUGGAGAGUCUGACGGGGGCGUAGGACUUGCCGAGGUUCUCACGGAACGUGACACGGAGCCAUGGAUUCCUGAAAGUCCUGUCGACAAUAGGCCUGUCUCUCCCCGAACCGCUUCCAACCAACAUCGCCUCGAGUCUCAUCACGCCUAUGAUCAGUCCAAAUAUAUGCGUACAUCAGAUCUAACGGCCGGCAUGCGCACGCCUGCUCAGGCCAUUCAUACUGGAGGCCAUCAAGUCGACGGUAUCAACUACGGCGGGUUUGUGACAGGGGCGAACUUUGCUUCUUCUCAAGGACCUCGUCGACAGGCACCGCCUACGGGACCAGUCCUCGAGUCCUUGAUGGAAUUCUCGUAUCCUCAGUAUCCCGCGUCUCAAGCGUCUCCGAUCAGGCACUCUUCGAUGCCGUACUCGCCUACGUCACCCGUCUUGGCGCCUGAUUACGAGAAAGAGUUUGUCGAUUCUGACGGUGCAUAUGUCUAUUCGAGCUCACCUCACUCGGUAGUUCACGCGCCGUCUUCCCCACACCAUGAUCGCGGAAGGGGAGGUAGUGGGAGCGGAGUGUUUGUUGGAGCUGCCCAGAAUAACUUGGUCAACAUUGGGACUUCAACUAACCGAAUUGACACCCAGACCGCAAUUGUUGUGGUUCCGGAACGACAUGAUUCUUCUUUUUCGAGCGAUAGUAGGAGCACAGGCCGAGAUCACGUAUUGCCCGGGGAGGAUAUUUUGUUCGAUGGGCCAGUUAAAAGUGCACCAACACUCGCGUCCUCGGCAUUCGAAGAUGGAGAGCUCAAGAUUUUCCGCAAUACAACCACAAAAGAUCUGAGGUUCCAUUGCAGAGUUGGCACAUAUUCCGAGACAUUCUGGAUCAAAGCAAGAAACGCCCAACUAAUUCCCGUUUACGCCUACGACCCCCGCUUCCUCAACGUCAUCUGCCUCCACGACAAAGAAACCGAGAAGGGCAACCCAGGCUACUUGCGUUCCUCCCCCAUCCCCGGAGGCACAGGAAACGGCCACCCCAACGGCAUCUACCAGUUCCCCCGCCUCGCCGACCUCUGCCGUUUCCAGGCCCAACUCACCGGCGAAAAGGUGCUGUUGGACAUCAGCAACGUCAAACUGAUUCGCCUAAGCAAAGCGAGCAACGGCGCAAGCGACACUUACUCGAGCGUGCGUCUGCAGAUAUGGCACGAGGAUCUUGCCUCAACAAGCCGAAGCAGAGGGAUGCAAUCGGAUAAGGCGAGUUUUGUGACUGCUGGUACGGCCUUGUCGGGACCGCUUCGCGAUAAGCAGGUUGCUAGUUCCAGCAAGUUGAUUGUGUACUUGGGACGGUUGGGAGAGUAUGUCCAGACUUUUAUCACAGAUGAUAUUGAGGUGAAGGCGGAGGGGCAGACAAAGGUUAAACUGAGGCCGAGGAAGGCGGGGGUGUUUAGUCGAGAAGGGAGCAGAUGGAAGGGGAUUAAAGCACACAUUGAGCAAAGAGGCGACUCGGAAAUGGCCGGAUUCAAAAUUGACGGCCAACCACCCAACCCAGAUGAGGAAUACAGUUUUGAUCUCUAUAAGACGUUUGAGAUUGAGUUUGAGAACCCGCCAAGCCAAGACAGCUUCAUCAGGAGAUGGGGCGAAGUCAUUGCUGAACGCCGACAGCAGAGAGAGAAAUUAAAGGAUAUUCAGGAGGAGUUGAGAGCGGUCGGAGGGUUUUAUGGUAAGACGGCUAUGCAGAUUCGGAUGUGAUACCAACACGCAGCUACUCAUGAGCUCUAGGGAUAGCUCGUUGCCAUGACAGGUUUGGAGAACAGGUUGGGAUAUAAUCGCAUAGUUAAGAUCUCUUUUGGUGGCUUUAUCCUUUGCUCUCAGCCGAGUGGGUUUUGGUAAGCGGGGAGUUGGGGCUGGAUCGGAUCGGGCUACAGGUGUAUUUCUUCUUUCUGUCAUGCGUAUGUGUUGCGAGAUACCUGGACUGGGGGAUACGAGUGUGUGUUUACUUAUCAUGAUACCUAACAACCACGGAUAAUUGAGUUCUGUACCCUA